AUGAAGUUCCUUCAAGCACCAUUCGUCGGAAACAGUGCAAAGAAGCAACCAGACGGACCACAGAUGGAACCCCAGCAAUCGACUGUAUUCACCCCUCGAAGGUUGCAAUCCUUGAUCGAACGGUUGACAGAAAGCUGUGUUAGACGGGGACGAGGGGCGUAUAUAAGUGAAGAUGAGGUAAUGAGCUUGGCAACCCAAUGUGCGGAAAUUUUCGCUAACGAACCCGUAUGCCUAGAAAUAAACCUACACAGACCACUGCUAAUCGUUGGGGAUCUGUUUGGUAAACACGAUAACCUUGUGGAAAUUUUCGAACAGCUAGGUAGCCCUGCAAAGCGACGCUACCUUUUCCUGGGCAAUUUUGUUGAUCGUGGUGGGCAAUCUGUAGAACUCAUCAGCUUAUUGUUCGUUUAUAAGUUGUUGUACCCAUACAACGUGUAUCUGAUACGGGGCAAUCACGAGUGCAAGUAUGUGUCUACCUACUAUGGACUACUUUGGGAAUGCUGGCAGAGACAUUUUGUGGGAGCUUGGAAGGAAAUCAUUAAAGCUUUCGAAUGUUUGCCCGCCGUCGCCAUAAUUGAUAAGGCUGUGUUCUGCACGCACAGUGGCAUUCUAAAAGAUAUUCCAAUGGAUACAGUGUCCAACCUGACUGAUUUAAAAAAUUUCAUCAAUUUACAAGUCACAAGACCGGUUUCGUCGAUAAAUAAUCGAAUUCUCACCGAAUUCACAUGGUCCGAACCAACUUUGGGUAGCUUUUCGUGGAUACCUAACCCAGCUGGUUUAGGAUAUCUAUACCCAGAGCCAGCAGUGAUUCAGUUUUGCGAGCGAUUCGGAUUUCAGCAGGUCAUUCGCAGUCAUGAUCUUGUCAGAUUCGGGUAUGAAUUCUCAGCGGAUGGCAAGCUCCUGACCAUAUUUAGUCGGCCUAGCUUGGUCAAAAAACCACCUAAUUCGGGCGCCCUAGUACGUUUACACAGACUUCCACGAAGCAAAUUAAUUAUUGGGCAAAUAAAAUUAAUGCAAACUGUUUCCAAGUUUGGUCGAGGUAGGUCCGAAUUGACCACGUUGAAGAUUUGUGAUAGUCUCCCCGAUAGCCACACUCAUCAACUAAACAAGUUGAUGGGGGAGACCCGUAAAAGAACCAAAAAGAGAAAAAGCAAGCAAUCAACAGAGACCAGUCACAGUGUCGAUACUCAGGGUACAAUGAAAACAUAUUCAUCAAUCAGUCUCGGUUUGGACUACGUAAGCUGCGAUUCAGAAGACUCAGUUGUCACU